CUUCGGUUAUCUUCCUCGAUGAAUGGCGCUCCUCAUUUAAUCGCUUACCGGAUUUCGGUUUGUUUUAAACCACGGGUGGAGGUUGUGGUCCUGGAGGCUGUUGAAAUGUGUUUCGAUGAACCCUUGAUUUAGCCCUGGAAGGUCAGCUCUGGUGAUGGUGGUGUGUAGUGAUCGCUUCAUUGACAUUUAUUCUGCUCACGUUGAACAAGGUGCAUUUCCACAACAGGCAGAGUUUUAUAUGCAGACACGUGACUCUUGAGUUAGUCAGUUUGUCACACACCACUGUUUUGCUGGUGCACAUUGCACCGUAUCUGAGUAUUCAACUGAUAGGAAGAACGAAGGUGAUUGACAGAUGGUGUGAUUCAAAUUUAUGAAGCUUGUAGAAGAUCAGGGAGCAGUGGGUCUGUAACAGAUGUAUUUUGUGAUCCUUCUUGAUUCCUGGAAGGAUUCAGCAGUUCCGAGGGACAGAGGGAGUUCAUUCCUCCAUACCAGGGGCAAAAAUGAAGAACCAACAAUCUGUUAAUUGUGCGUCUUUUGAAAGUAGGACUGCCAAGAGGUGGAGGAUUGCAGUGUUGAGUAGGAAGUGAUCAUGUUCUGUAGGUAUUGGGGUGCAGUUCCUUGUGGAAAGAGGUAACCAGGGUCUCGGACGUGGUGCAGGCAGCUACAGGAAGCCAGCAGAGGGAGACGAGGAGGGGAUACGUGGGAACACUUUGGUUGGUCAAGUGCAACUCAUGCCGCGGAACUCUUGAUCAGCUCGGUCAAGCUUGUUCACGAAGGCUAGAACACCAGGCUGGAGGGAGCUGCAGUCGCCCAGGCGCCGUUUGCAGAACCAUGCUCCUCUCCCUUGGGAUGCUGAUGCUGUCCGCCACGCAGAUCUACACAGUCUUCACCGUGCAGCUCUUCGCCUUCCUCCACCUGCUGCCGGUGGAGGCCGACAUCUCCGUGUACUCCUUUGACAAUAAAACGGAGAACUUUGAGGACCUGCCAGCACGGUUCGGCUACAAGCUGCCCAGCGAGGGACUGAAGGGCUUCCUGAUCGGGGCAAAGCCCGAGAAUGCAUGCGAGCCCAUCGAUCCACCCCCCUCAAGCAGCAACCUGAGCGGCGCCUUCAUCGUACUCAUCAGACGCUUCGACUGCAACUUUGACAUCAAGGUUCUUAAUGCCCAGAAGGCUGGAUACAAGGCUGCCAUUGUUCACAAUGUGGACUCUGAUGACUUAAUUAGCAUGGGAUCCGAUGACCUGUACGUUUUGAAGCAGAUAGACAUUCCAUCAGUGUUUGUUGGUGAGGAUACUGCCAACUCCCUCAAGCAAGACUACAUGUAUGAAAAAGGGGGUCACAUUAUCCUCAUGCCGGACUUCACCCUACCUUUGGAGUACUACCUCAUCCCCUUCCUCAUUAUCGUCGGGAUCUGCCUCAUCCUCAUCAUUGUGUUCAUGAUCACCAAGUUCAUUCAGGACCGACACAGAGCCAGAAGGAGCCGCCUUCGUAAAGACCAACUGAAGAAGCUCCCCGUUCACAAAUACAAGAAAGGGGACGCGUAUGACAUGUGCGCCAUUUGUCUGGAUGAGUAUGAAGAGGGAGACAAGCUCCGGGUUCUGCCCUGCGCUCACGCUUACCACUGCAAGUGUGUGGACCCGUGGCUCACAAAGACCAAGAAGACAUGCCCAGUGUGCAAACAGAAAGUGGUGCCCUCCCAGGACGACUCGGACUCGGAGUCGGACGAGGCGGACAGCGGCCGUGAGGAAAACGAGGAGGCGUCGGAGAACACGCCGCUUCUGCGCUCCCUGGCCUCGGCUGGCGGCCGCUCGUUCGGCACCACUUUGGACUCUCCGUCGCACCUCGGCCAGGACCUGGAUUCGUUCGAGUACGACGAGGACGAAAUGGACGGCGUCGCCGGUGAGGACGCAACUGCGGAGGCGGUCGUGGUGCAGCUGCAGCGCUCCCACCCUGAGCACGAGGACCCCACCGCUUGAGAGAACGAACCCGUCGAUUCUCCUCCGUGUCAGAUCGCAGCUGCUGUAUUUUAUUCUCCCGCUGUGUCACGAUUUACUGUCCUCGUACGACCUACCCGGGUUAUCGAGUGGAAGCCCACACUUUUUGCAGUAGACACCUGAGGGAAAUUCCCCCAUUUUGAGGUAUGUUGCAUAAUAUAACCAAAGUUAAUGUCGGGACUAGGAGUGUUUUCGUUACGUAGCUCCAGAGAAUACAGCGUUUGGCUCUUUGAGGCAUCGAUUCCUACAGAUGCAUUUUGCUGGAAUAACGAUAAUAUCUGUGAACGGAGGGCUGUGGAGCACUCUGUUUAUAACAGGCAACAAAAUGUACAUAAGAUGUAUAGACUUCUGAAUAUUUUCACAAGAGCAAAUGAUGUUGGUGGCCUGCAUAUGUGUAUGACUGCGCAUCAGAAGGUGGGGAAGUUCCAGAUGCUGUAAUCCAGUCCUCUGCGUAACACUUCUUCACUGAUGUACUACGCAGCGAUUCCUUAUAUCAUAGGUGUAACUUGCGAGUUUCCGAGACGCGUCAACGUGUCUUUUGCGAGCUGUUGGAAUGCCGCUCAGUGUGCCCCCGAGUGUGUUGCAUCCGUUCGUCCAAACGCACCGCUCGUUCGCUCAGACAGACAAGGAGCGGCCAAAGUGGCGUUGGAAACUCGGCCGAAGUGCGGAGAACCGUUAUGUGGAUUUCUCUCUGCAACGCUUUGGCUUGUGGGUUUUCAAAAGUAGUUUGAUUCUGUGUGCUGAUUGGCUGAUGAGCCUCUCGUUGACACAACCUUGGUAACAGAACAUGACAGAAUUACAUUUGCUCCCUUUCCCUUCCUUACAUAGGUCAGAACAUUUGUGUACUAUGUUUACUUUUUAAAGAAAAUUGUCUUAUUGUCUUUUUUUUUAAUACCUUAUGCAUGUGUAUUGUUUGGCCUACCCAACUUAUUAAUUUAGCAUUUUCAAACUUUAGCUCUUUCCAGAGAGCCCUAAUGACGACAUUCCUCCUGUAUAAUUUGUGAUCACUGUGCUGUGAAUUAGACUCACAAAGUGUCAUUUAAUGAACCUUCUACUUUAUUGCAUUUUGUAAUGCAAUAAAAGCAAUUGUGCUGCUGGAGCUGGUCACAUUCUGCAUUUUGCCAUAGUUUCUAGAGUUUUACUUCUGGUGCAAUUUAUGGAUAAAUGUGUUUUAAAAGCAGCAUUAAUGCGUAACAUAGUUAACACUUUUUGUUGGUAGCUACACUUGCAUGAAAGUCUUUCUUUUUUUUU